AUGCUGGAGUCUGUAAGGAACACGUUUCACGCCCAGCUGGCCACCGUCAUGGACUCCCUGCUGGCGGCGGCGGUGUGUGAGAUCGCCAAGAUCUUUGAGAGCAGUCUGUGUGAGCAGCAGGAGGAGCUGACGCAGAGAGGAGAGGAGAUCACAGGACUGAGGGGGAGGCUGGAGAGGGCAGAGAGGAGGCUGAAGAAGGAAGGAGAGGAAGAAGAAGGAGAAGGCCUAUUGGACGUGGUAGAAGGACCAGAGAGAAAAACAGGAGGAGAUGGCAGCCCUAGGCAGCAGUCUGAACCAAGAGCUGGUAAGAAAACCGGAUGUCUCAUCUGAAAAUGAUCUUAGGAACAUUUUGGUUGAAAACACCCCUAAACUACUGUCUGGUUGUCUGUCCUGCGCCGUCUGUUCAGGUUCAAGCUGGGAUUCGGAUGCGGCCUCUGAGACCCCCAAAUUGGUCCAGGACAGCGGGUGUAAGAAGCCCCCCAGGAUGAAAAAGGAGGGGACUGAGCUGGAGGGGUCCUCCAUCAAAGAAGAGGUCAGACUCACAGUCAUUCUCUAACACAAUAAGAAUGUCUGUCUUUCUCAAUGUUUUCAGUCUCAUUUAGCUGUUUUAUUACAAUUUUAUUCUGUCAAGGAGGUAGUCUCCCGAGUGGCGCAGCGGUCUAAGGCACUGCAUCGCAGUGCUAGAGGUGUCACUACAGACCCGGGUGUGAUCCCGGGCUGUAUCACAACUGGCCGUGUUCGGGAGUCCCAUAGGGCGGCGCACGAUUGGCCCAGCGUCGUCCGGGUUAGGGGAGGGAUUUGCGGCGGUAGGCCGACAUUGUAAACAAGAAUUUGUUCUUAACUAACUUGCCUAGUUAAAUAAAGGUGGAAUAAAAAUAGUAAUGCAGGUUUGAGUUGUUUUCAGUGGUUAAUUUAUUCAAAAGCUGUUCAACACUGUGCUGUGACGCUGUCCCCCACAUUAAUGUUUUAUUCUCUCCCUUCAGCUUAAACAUUGCCCUCUUCCACAGUUUGAGGAGCCCCACCCUGCCCCUGUAGAGGGGGAGGAGGAGGGCCAAGGGCCAGGGAGGAGCUCUUCUGCUGGGGUUCAGAGGCUAGGAGACCCCUUGUCUGACACAACAGGGACCAAGGUGAAGUGUAAGGAAGUUUAAUCCUUAACCAAUCAAUACACACGUUUGUGUUUUACAGUCCCUCCAGGAUUUAGCGAUUCUGCAAUAGAUACUUUUUUUGGCUAAAUCAACAACUCCUCGAAUGUUAUGCUAGGGCUUGCAAAUUUGGCCAAUCACCACACUAUUAUUGCAUGAAACAGUCAAAUCAAUAUUAACAUUACCACAUACAGUGCCUUCGGAAAGUAUUUAGACUUUUUCAAGAAAAGCAAAAACAGUAUAUAUAUGUAUUUUUUGCUACUUUAUAAAAAAUUUAAAACGGAAAUAUCACAUUUACAUAAGUAUUCAGACCCUUUACUCAGUACAUUGUUGAAGCACCUUUGGCAGCGAUUACAGCAUUGAGUCUUCUUGGGUAUGACACUACAAGCUUGGCACACCUGUAUUUGGGGAGUUUCUCCCAUUCUUCUCUACAGAUCCUCUCAAGCUCUCGGGUUGGAUGGGGAGCGUUGUUGCGCAGCAAUUUUCAGGUCUCUCCAGAGAUGUUCUAUCGGGUUCAAGUCCGGGCUCUGGCUGGGCCACUCAAGGACAUUGAGACUUGUCCCGAAGCCACUCCUGCGUUGUCUUGGCUGUGUCGUUAGGGUCGUUGUCAUGUUGGAAGGUGAACCUUCGGCCCAGUUUGAGGUCCUGAGCGCUCUGGAGCAGGUUUUCAUCAUGGAUCUCUGUACUUUGCUCCCUUCAUCUUUCCCUCGACCCUGACUAGUCUCCCAGUCCCUGCCGCUGAAAAACAUCCCCACAGCAUGAUGCUGCCACCACCAUGCUUCACCGUAGGGAUGGUGCCAGGUUUCCUCCAUAUGUGACGCUUGGCAUUCAGGUCAAAGAGUUCAAUCUUGGUUUCAUCAGACCAGACCGGGCUGUCAUGUGCCUUUUACUGAGGAGUGGUUUUCGUCUGGCCACUCUACCAUAAAGGCCUAAUUGCUGGAGUGCUGCAGAGAUGGUUGUCCUUCUGGAAGGUUCUCCCAUCUCCACAGAGGAACUCUGGAGCUCUGUCAGAGUGACCAUUGGGUUCUUGGUCACCUCCCUGACCAAGGCCCUUCUCCCCCGAUUGCUCAGUUUGGCCGUGCAGCCAGCUCUAUGAAGAGUCUUGGUUGUUCCAAACUUCUUCCAUUUAAGAAUGAUGGAGGCCACUGUGUUCUUGGGGACCUUCAAUGCUGUAGACAUUUUUUGGUACCCUUUCCCCAGGAUCUGUGCCUGGACACAAUCCUGUCUCGGAGCUCUACGGACAAUUUCUUCGACCUCAUGGCUUGGUUUUUGCACUGACAUGCACUGUCAACUGUGGGACCUUAUAUAAACAGGUGUGUGCCUUUCCAAAUCCUGUCCAAUCAAUAGACUUUAGCACAGGUGGACUCCAAUCAACUUGUAGAAACAGCUCAAGGAUGAUCAAUGGAAACAAGAUGCACCUGAGCUCAAUUUCGAGUCGCAUAGCAAAGGGUCUGAAUACUUGUGUGAAUAAGGUAUUUCUGUUUUGAAUUUUUAAGAAAUCUGCAAACAUUUCUAAAAAACUGUUUUCUCUUUGUCUUUAUGGGGUAUUGUGUGUAGAUUGCUGAGGAUUACAUCAAACACAAUUUUUUAUAAGGCUGUAAAGUAACUGUGGAAAAAGUCAAGGGGUCUGAAUACUUUCCGAAGGCACUGUAUAACUGUCCGAUCACCUCACUACAAAAAGAGGGCUUUCAAUCUUAACCAGUCACCCCACUUUUACGGCAUAAAAUGGUUCAAUAAAACAGGUCAACUUUUCCCCCGUCACCACAUUUUCGUGACAAAAUCAUUGCAAAUUGCCAUGCAAAAUGUAAGAAUUGCCACAGCAAUAUCAAGCAUUUUGGCCCACAACUAUCACAACUAAACGGAAUCCUGGUGGGACUAGGUUUAGAGGAAAUAAACGUUGUCUGUUCAUACUGUAUUUUAUACUUGUGGAAUUGUUGGAAUGUGUGUAUUGAGCUCCCUUCAUGAUGUUGUUUCUUGUUCCUAUCUCUUGGUAGUAUCCCAUUGGGAGGGAGACCCUAGACCUCUUCAGAGCCAGAGCUCCACCUCCUUCUUCCAUGGCCCCCGGGUUGGACAUUUCUCUCCCAGACCCGACCACAGGUCUCCUGGGCUUGACCCCUGGGCCAGUGGGGUUCCUCUAGAGCUUCAGGAUCCCAGCUUCCUGGACCAGAGCCCAGACCAGGUACUAGAGCAGAGAGAGCUCCGACAGUCACACGACCAAACCAACCAAUCCCAGAGAGGCCUGAGACCAAGAGACGACAGAGGGAGGGGCCUAGUUCAUCAGAACCGCUGGUCAUUGGCUGCCAAGGACCCAGUCAGACCACACCCCAACACACACGCUCACAAACACGCACAAGGUCAUGCACACACACUGGGCGGGGCGAGACCCUACACUUGCCCGUACUGCGGCAAGAGCUUCAGCUACCCAUCCCACCAGCGCAGGCACCUGCUGCGCCACACGGGGGUGAGGAUGUACCCCUGCUUGGUGUGCGACAAGAGCUUCCUGACUCCGUCAGAGCUCACGGUGCACACCCGCGUCCACACAGGGGAAAGGCCGUUCGGCUGCACCCAGUGUGGGAAGCGUUUUGCCCGUAGCGGGAACCUCCGGGCCCACCAGAGAGACGUCCACCUGGGGAAGAGACCCUUUGUCUGCCAGGAGUGCGGCAAGAGGUUCGCCCACAGGGGCAACCUGAGGGUGCACUACCAGAAGGUACACCAGGGCCUGCCAUACCAUGAGGAUGAGUACGACCAGGAUGGCAACGCUCUCCCCUCUACUGGUUAA